AUGGACGACGGCGAUAGUGUCGUCCGGAGCGUCGACAAGGCCGGCGCCGCCCCGGGCGACGACGGCAGCGCGACACCGCUCCCGGAGACGGUUCAAAUUGGCAAUUCGCCUACUUACAGACUUGACAGAAAGCUUGGAAAGGGAGGAUUUGGGCAAGUAUAUGUUGGUCGCCGUAUUUCCUCUCCUAGUGUUAGUGACAGGACGCCCGGUGCAAAUGCUUUAGAGGUUGCAAUCAAAUUUGAACAUCGAACCAGCAAAGGUUGCAACUAUGGUGCUCCUUAUGAGUGGCAAGUUUACAACACUCUUAGCGGAAUUCAUGGCGUACCAAGAGUACACUACAAAGGGAAGCAGGGAGAGUAUUAUAUCAUGAUUAUGGACAUGUUGGGGCCAAGCCUGUGGGAUGUUUGGAAUAAUAACUCUCACUCUAUGUCUGUUGAAAUGGUGGCUUGCAUUGCUAUAGAAGCAAUUUCCAUACUGGAGAAGAUGCACUCAAAAGGGUACGUCCAUGGAGAUGUAAAACCUGAAAACUUUUUGCUUGGACCUCCAGGCACCCUAGAAGAGAAGAAACUUUUUCUUGUUGACCUUGGUUUAGCUACCAGAUGGAAAGACACUGGUACAGGAGAGCAUGUUGAAUAUGAUCAGAGGCCUGAUGUCUUCAGAGGAACUGUUCGGUAUGCUAGUGUGCAUGCUCAUUUGGGGAGAACUGGAAGCAGGAGGGAUGACCUGGAAUCUCUUGCCUACACACUUGUAUUUCUUCUGCGUGGUCGCCUUCCUUGGCAAGGAUACCAGGGGGUGAAUAAAGGUUUCCUUGUCUGCAAGAAAAAGAUGGCAACUUCUCCGGAAUCUUUGUGUUGCUUUUGCCCACAACCUUUCCCACAAUUUAUUGAGUAUGUUGUGAACUUAAAGUUUGAUGAAGAACCAAACUAUGCAAAGUGCAUUUCUCUUUUUGAUGGCAUUGUUGGUCCAAACCCAGACAUAAGGCCAAUCAAUACAGAUGGUGCUCAGAAGGUAGGCCAGAAGAGAGGUCGCUUUAUGAUGGAGGAAGAUGAUGAUGAGCAGCCCAAAAAGAAGAUUAGGAUGGGAAUGCCUGCGACCCAAUGGAUUAGUGUUUACAAUGCCAGGCGGCCUAUGAAACAGAGGUAUCACUACAAUGUUGCAGACAGCAGGUUAGCUCAGCACAUUUCAAAGGGAAAUGAAGACGGCUUAUUUAUAAGCUCUGUUGCCUCUUGUUCUAAUCUGUGGGCUUUGAUAAUGGAUGCUGGCACUGGAUUUACUUCUCAAGAAUGGAUAAUGGAGCAAUGGGAGAAGAACUUCUAUAUCACUGCGCUAGCAGGGGCAAACAAUGGCAGUUCACUGGUGAUCAUGUCGAGAGGAACACAAUAUGCCCAGCAGUCCUACAAAGUAAGCGACUCAUUCCCUUUCAAGUGGAUAAACAAAAAGUGGAAGGAGGGUUUUUAUGUUACUGCUAUGGCCACAGCUGGAAGUCGGUGGGCAGUGGUCAUGUCCCGGAAUUCUGGCUUUUCGGCACAGGUUGUGGAGCUUGACUUCUUGUAUCCAAGUGAGGGUAUCCAUCGACGCUGGGAUAAUGGAUUUCGCAUCACGUCUACUGCAGCUACAUGGGAUCAGGCAGCGUUUAUCUUCAGCAUCCCCAAAAGGAAACCUGCUGAUGAAAUACAGGAAACCCUAAGAACAUCUGCUUUCCCCAGUCAACAUGUGAAGGACAAAUGGGCGAAAAAUCUCUACUUAGCUUCCAUUUGCUAUGGAAGAACUGUGUCAUGA